GCCGUAUCCACCAAUCACUCCAAGUUUCUCAAUGACUCCGUGGGGAACAGGUACCAGUCAACAACUUAUAAGACCUCCGGGGAACUCGAGUUCAGCUCUCCUUCCAUACCAGUGGCCCCAGCCUGAACCAGACUACAAUGGGUCUGAUAGGACCUUGGUCCCAUGGGGAGGGCCACGCCCGGCAGGGGUGAGACAGGAUGAGUGGAGAACUGAGAAGCAGAGCGGAGGGAGGAGGAGUGUCCACGGCCCUGACCAGGCAUAUGUGACAGUACACAUCAAUUCUGAAUUUGAUUAUGAAAACAGAAGGGAGACAGUAGAAGCAGAAGGGGGAUUAGCGAGAGGAGUGGAAAGAAUGGAAGGGGUAGCAAGAGAGAACUCAGCACAAAUCCAGGUUAGAGAAAGAAUCCUGAUUGAAGAUAAUGCUCCAGCAGUUCCGCAACCAGACCAAAUCAUGAGGGAUCCAGGCAGCAAAACUUCUCUCCUCGCUCCGAUAAAGACGCGAAGAGUGGGCGAACAAGGAACUAGUGAACCCACGAGGGAAGCAGAGGACGGGGAAGGAGAGGUCGACUUCUUCAAUAUCCUGUCCCCACCAAAGCCGAAGCCCCCAUCUCAGUCGCAGGCAGGAGGCACAAGAGGUGGAGCCAAGCAAACGAGUCAUGGGAUGGGUCACCACUACGUGGUCCUCUUCUAUACAUCACUGGCCCCUCAGGGCAUCAAGGUCUUGGCGGGCAAGACGCGGGCAGGCGAGUUUGCCCUCCCCGCAGUGCAUGUGGACAGUUUCCCAGGCACGAAGGAUCAGUUACGCGGAGCAGUGGACAAGUUUGUUGUGGGCCGGUUCCCGUUCAGACUCAUCUCAGGGAUAAGAGUGGGGAGGAAAUCGGUGGACAUUGGGGAGGAAGCCAGUGUGCAGGUUCACCUAGCCUUCGUGGAUAUCAAGAUUACACAAGAAUGUGCUAACACUCUGGAAGGCCAGGGGAUCCACUGGCUACCGCCCCAGUGGUUCAAUUCUGACACGUCAGACGAAGCCACGAGAAUCCACUUGGUGGGCAGUGUGAAGGCGACUUUGGAAACCAAGAUGGACGAGCUCAAAAUCGACCGAUUUGUGAAAUGGUGGAAAGACCCUCAGUGGUGGGCCCCAGCAGAUGGCACUCGGGGCGGCAUCGCCAUCCUGUUCCAUCGUAAGCUGGAGGUAGAGGUAUUGGAAAGUGACUUCGAUAUUUGGGGUCAGUGGGUUUGGGUCAGGAUCAGAAUGGGGGGCCAGGAAUGGACCCUGAUGUCGGUGUAUGCCCCAUCCGUGCCUGCUGAGCGCCGAUCCUUCUUUAGGGACCUGCCGAACUUCACCCCGGUAGCAGCAAACUUGGUGAUGGCGGGAGACUUCAACUCGGUGUUGCAACCUGGCUUAGAUUCGCCACAGGAAGCUCCCAGAAGAACGGAUGCAGUCCUGCUGGAGCAGUUCAUGGAGACGCAGGGCCUCACAGACACGUUUAGGCACAUUAACCCAGAGGAUGCAGGCUUCACAUGGAUUUCGUCUCAAAGGAAUGAAGACAGAGAACCGCCAAGAAGAAGAUUAGACCUGGUGCUGACAAGAGGAGAAGCCUGGGAAGCUGUUACUUGCGCGGAGGUUGACCCGCAACCGCUGUCUGACCACUACCUAGUGAAGGUCUCGUUCAGGCUGGGCCUGGACUUGCAGAAAGGAAAAGGAUUUUUCAGGCUCAGCACGGAAAACUUGAAGAAUAAGGAGAUGGGGUUCCGGAUUGUCACAAGUGCCCUGUAUGUCUUCUCACGCAUCCUAGCUAAAGACCGCAGGGAUGAGGAGCUGGAGUGCCGUCGUAUGGUGAAGGAAGCGGAGGCCCAAAUUGGGAAGGAUCCGUACUCUGACAUUUACUGGGAACGAAGAAGAGACACAUGGAUGAGGAAAUGGGAGGCUAUCCAUAUAAAACAACAAGAGGUCUGGGCGAGGACUAUUCGUGCAUUGCAGCAUCCAUUCAAUGCAUACGCGGACGUUGCAGAGGACACGGUCUCACUGGCGGAAUAUGCCACACUGUAUUAUCAAGAUAUCUUAACCUCUCGUCGGCAGCCGGGGGAGUCUCUGCAGUCCAUGAAAGAUGAGGUGGACCUGUGGCAAUACACGGAUAAGUCGCUGGAGGUCUCACAAAGACUGAGUUUGGACCGCCCACUGACCCUACAAGAACUGGGGGAGGCAGUCAGGAGCAUGGCGAAAGGCAAAUCUUCGGGGGAUGAUGGUUUACCUGCUGAGUUUUACGAGGCGACGUGGGAGCAGACUGGCCCUCUUUUACUAAGACUGUACAACAGGGUCCUCGAAGGGCACCCACUCACGGAAGAUAUGUGCAGAGGGGUCAUCACGCUGUUGUACAAAAAGGGCGAUAAAACGAAUAUCCGGAACUGGAGGCCGAUAUCGCUCCUAAACGUCUCCUAUAAAAUUUUAGCGAAAACUCUUGCUAGACGCCUAGCUGCGAUUCUCCCAGGGCUAGUGGGCGCGGAUCAGGGAGCAUUCAUGAAGGGACGUUCAAUUUCAGAGAACAUUAUGGUAGCCAUAGGAGCGCUCGAGGUGGUAGGCAGGGAGAGAAGGCAGGUAGCUGUGGCCAUGCUAGAUUUGGAAAAGGCUUAUGACCGGGUGAACUGGUCAUUCGUCUUAGCCACUCUAGAACACAUGGGUUUUGGGAGCCUCUUUCGGCGGUGGGUGACAGCACUGUACGGUUCAUCCAAAGCUACAGUUUUGGUGAACGGGGAACGCUCCCAAGCUUUUCACCUGUCAAAGUCACUGAGACAGGGGUGCCCCCUCGCCCCCCGGCUGUUCGUGGUGCAAAUGGAAGUACUGUUGAAUGCCAUACGAGUGUCUCCCUGUAUCAGAGGACUGCAGCUGCAUGAGGGGGCAGAAGUGGUGGUGGGGACGAUCGCCGAUUAUCUGCUGUUGGUUUCGGAGGCCACUCCGGGGUCAAUGGGCGCGGCCAAGGCACUAAUAGAUCAAUACACUUCUCUUUCAGAGGCAAAAGUAAACUGGGAUAAGUCAGUUUACUUUUUGCCUCGGGAAUAUGAGUUACCAGAGGAUUGGUCCAUGAAGAGGAUCAGCGAACUCGACUCCGAACGGUAUCUCGGGGUCCAAGUCUCACUCGCUAACAGUCGUCCCGCUCAAGACAGCAUUCUCUCGGGAAAGGUUGAAGCCAGAGUGCAGAGGUGCAAGGAGGCUAAGGGCAUCUCACUCAUGGGGAGAGCAACGGUGAUCACUGCCUCAGUUUUCUCAAUCCUAUGGUACGCAGCAGCCGUGGUUCUUAUUUCAAGAGCCACAUUGGCGAAGAUAAAAACUGGGGCUGCCCGGUACCUGUGGAAGCCAGAAGCUGAAGAUCAGGGUGGCUUCAUUUCGAAAGUUGCUUGGGGAAGGGUAACACAGGCAAGAAACCAUGGGGGUUUGGGGAUCGUAGAUCCAGAGAAACAAAAUCUGGCUUUGAUCGGCAAAUGGAUAUACAAGAUAGCCACGCAGGUGGACCAGCGAAGUUGGCUGGAAAUAAUGCUGUAUAUUCUGCAGUAUGAGUUUCAUCUGAACAGGCCUGGUGAUGUAUGGGUAUGCUUGCAAGUCACUUCCUUUCUGCAGCGGCGCCCAAAAUCGGCAAUUGGGCUCGCCUGGUGGAUUGCUUGGAGGAAACUUCGGCCACCUCAAACCAAGCCUCCAGAGAUCAGAGAAGAGGUUCUUAUCCAGCCGCUCUUUGAGAACGAAGCCAUCAAGCAGUCAGACGGUGCGGUCUUCUCGGCAUCAAUGCAUGCUGGCGCUUUUGGGAGGCGGUGGAUAGAGAAGGGGAUAUCGCAGGUCCGUGGUCUGUGGGAGGAAGAUGCAAUGGAUUGGAAGGAAGUAAGUUUAAUUAGGAGGACUUUAGGUAGAUUGAGGAACGUAGAGGACAGAGUGGUGCAACUGCGGAAUGCUAUUCCAGGAGGUUGGGUGGAGCUGUUGUGAAAGAAGGGAUGUGCUCCGGUCUUUAUGUGAGGUGGCCGGCCUCCCUUUUGAAUGAAUACAUAAUAAGUGC